AUUCCGGUGCUGCUACGUACAGCACUCCGUGGCACAAUGGGUUCGUUGGCGCUCCAGGACAGCUCAUCGGACAAAUACGCUGCCGAAUUCGCUAUCAAGAGGCGGUCGAGGAUGCGCAAUCCGUGGGCUAUUUCAUGGGCGACUAUAGCCACCUUGUUGUUGGGUUUUGGGGCCCUUUUCCUCAUGGCGCAGUCCUUCCUCACCCGGCAAUUGGACGUCAAAGGCUGCGAAAUGUCGUACAUGUGGCCUUCGCUCAUACGCUUUGACGAUUUUGACACGGAGCAUACUCGCUUUGCCAGCAAGUACUCGCUUCAUCUGUAUCGUGAAGGCGGUAUAGAUGAUGAUUCCCGGGUCAAAGGCGUACCCGUCCUCUUCAUCCCGGGAAAUGCCGGUAGCUACAAGCAGGUUCGAUCACUGGGCUCUGAAGCUGCGCACUACUACCACAAUGUUUUCAAGAACAACGGGAAUGCAAUCAAUGCCGGAAAAAGGCCGCUCGACUUUUUCACUGUGGAUUUCAAUGAGGAUUUCACGGCUUUUCAUGGUCAGACUUUGCUCGACCAAGCCGAGUACCUCAAUGACGCCAUCUCUUUCAUCUUGUCUCUCUAUCACGACCCGUCGCGUUCAUUACGGGAUUCGCAGCUGCCUGAUCCAGCCUCUGUCAUCAUAGUGGGCCAUUCAAUGGGAGGGAUAGUCGCCCGCACCAUGUUGACGAUGCCCAACUACCAGCCAAAGUCUAUCAAUACUAUUGUCACUCUGGCUGCACCUCAUGCAAGGCCGCCUGUAUCGUUUGACGGCGACAUUGUGCGCAUCUACAGGACGAUCAACGAAUACUGGAGACAUUCAUAUUCGCGGAAAUGGGCCAUUGACAACCCCCUGUGGCAUGUGACCCUCAUCUCCAUCGCUGGCGGUGGCCUCGAUACAAUCGUGCCCUCUGAUCUUGCGAACAUUGCCUCAUUGGUACCUGAUACGCAUGGAUUCACCGUCUUCACUUCUUCCAUGCCCAACGUGUGGACAGGAAUGGACCACCUGGCGAUUAUGUGGUGUGAUCAAGCUAGGAAAAAUAUCAUACGUGCGCUGUACGAUAUCGUUGACGCCUCAAGGCCGGCCCAGACGAUUCCCCGCGCUCACAGGAUGCGUGAGUUCAAGAGAUGGCUACUGUCGGGCCUCGAAGACACUAUCGAGAAGACAUUACCUUACACGGAAGCCAAGACGCUCCUCACUUUGAAUGAAGAUAGCGCUGUUGUACCCCAGGGCCAAAGGCUUGUGCUGCGAAACCUUGGGACAGGUCUGCAGACACCGAAGGCUUAUCUCAUGCCUAUUCCACCGCAGCACGCGGCGAGAGACACAAAAUUGACACUCUUGACGAAUGAGAAGCUGGACUCGGUGGGGGAACAUGGCCAGCUUGAGAUUCUUUUCUGUAGUGCUCUGUCGCAUCAAGCCGGCCAAUCGACUACGAUCUUUCAGAUGAAUAUGGACCUCUCGGGUGACAGCCCGGGACCGAACAAGCUGGCUUGCAAGAAUGCCGCUUCUGAUUCCAUCGUGCUUCCAGCUUCGACCCAGCAGUCAACUUUUCCUUUUAAACGAGACCUCCAUCCAUUCUCGUACCUUCAGUAUGAUGUGAAAGACCUGGCUGAACAUCAAUACCUGGCUGUGGUCGACAAGGCUGCACAGCACAGUAGCGGAUGGGUCAUUGGCGAGUUCAGUGACUCAGCACAGUAUCUACAUCAGCCUGAUAUGAGUCUGAUCCGUCUCCUCACGAAAGGCUUAAGUUUGAAGCUCAACGCUGGUCUAAUGAACGAUAUCAAGUUGCCAGCGGCCCAGUCAAGUUUGCUUGCGUACGAUCUGGACAUCAAACAGGAGACGUGCACCACAAGCGAGCUGUUCGCUCCACUUGUACGACAAUACGUCACCAAUGUCCACGAAAGCAAGUACUUUGUCAACGCGCAGCAGGCAAAAAUCAAUAUGCAUGGGGUCACCCCGUACAUGCCUCCCUCGUUCUUUAUCAAAGACUCUGUCAACGGGCUGUCUUUGCAAAUAUGGACGGAUCCAGAGUGUGGUGGCGAUGUUCACGUUUCCCUGAAAGUCGAUAUUCUGGGUAGCAUGGGUAAGCUGUGGAUGCGCUAUCGUAUUGUGUUCGCGGCUUUCCCGGUGCUCGUCGUCGCUCUUGUCUUGCGCCAGCAGUUCAUGGUUUAUGAUGAGACUGGCAUAUUCAUGAGUUUUGCCGAGGGGCUGAACCAAUGCAUCAAAGGGUCUCUUCCCAUGACUUUAGCAGCCUUGACUCUACUAUCUAUCACGUCCGGAUCAACACGUGCUCGCUCUAUGGACACGGGGUUCACCAACACGACAACCACCUUCAGUAAUGCCGACAUUUUCGGCAACACUGACCACGAACUGUUGCUGGGCCUGCGGGAUAGCUUUUUCUGGUUCCUCAUCCCGCUCUUCGGUUUGAUGUGCGUGGCCAUGUGCAUAGCAUUCAACUACGCCGUCACAAGUCUCAUAUACCUGCUCGCGUUGGUUUACGGACUAUUCUCGCCACGAACGACGCGAACGGACGACGACAAGCGAACCCCUGGCUCUUUUGCCGUGACAUCACCCCGUCGGCGCAUCCUCACUACGUGUAUCCUGUUAUCGCUAGUAUCGACGGUGAUACCAUACCAUUUCGCCUACGUGGUGCUCUGCGUGGCCCAACUCCUGACAUGCGUCCGUAGUUUCCAUUCAGCCCAAGACUCCAAACACUCACCGCAUCAUGACGCCAACUCAACAACCCUCGCUACACAAACAUCAAACUUCUCAAACUACACCCACGCCCUCCUUACCCUCCUCCUCUGGCUCCUCCCCAUCAACCUCCCCGUCCUUGUCGUUUGGCUCCGCAAUCUCUUUGUCAACCACUGGCUCACGCCCUUCUCCCCACACCACAACCUCAUCGCCAUCACUCCAUUCCUGCUCCUCGUUGAGUUACACGGUGCCGGUAUCAUGGUACCUCGCGUUACCUCUGCGUGGAGACUGGUCACGAAUGCGCUGUUGAGUGCUUUCGCCGUGUAUGCGGCGGUUUGCGGGGUCACGUAUGCGUUUGUUUUGUACUUUUUUGCAGAUGUAGUUGUGGGGUGGAUUGUUUGGGUUUGUUGUUUUGGGGGGUGUGAUGGGGGGUUUGGAGGGUUUGGAAAAGCGAUUUUGAGGGAGGCUUGGAGAGGUAGCUUACGAGGAAGAGGGCAAAGGGGGGUCAGGAAGGAUGGAUGA